GUGGCACCGUUUUUUGAAAAACGGCCAAGGUUACAAACAUCCCCUAGAAAAGGUAGAAAUCUCCCCCGAUUCUGCAACCGCAAGUGAAGGCCGAGAAAGGGGAGAGUGCUCCGUCCAUCGUACAGGACCGGGACCAGGAGGGCGUUUAGAGAACUGGGUUGUGUUCUUCAAUGACGAAGAAUAGCAUCUGUAGUCUCGACAUCGAGUUCUCAGAUAAAAUCGAAGCUCUUCUUAAACCUCCAUCUCCUCAGCAAGUUCAAGAAUAUUUCGCCCAGCUUAUAGCAACAAGGCAAUGCCGUGGUCUUACAAUUAAACAGAAUGGAGACUUCGGAAAGGGUGUUUAUGCAGACAUAGAAUUUAGAGAAGGGGAGCUUGUUUUGAAGGAUCAAAUGCUUGUCGGUUCUCAACAUAGUUCUAAUAAGGUUGAUUGUUUAGUUUGUAGCUAUUGCUUCCGUUUUAUUGGUUCAAUAGAACUACAAAUUGGGAGGAAACUCUAUUUACAAGAUCUGGGUAUAUCUUCAAGCAAGGAAUGCGUCCUGGAGACAUAUUCACAGCCUUCAAAACAAUGUUGUGCAGAUGAUUCAUCAAAUGAAGAUUUUAUGACAGACAAUGAUGACUUAGUGGCAUGCACUUCUAGUAGUCAAAAUGAUAAAAUUCCUCUUCCUAAAGAAGUUAUACAAUCACUAAUGAAUGGUAACUUGGUUUUGCCUUACUCAAAGCAGUUCUCUUUGCCUACAGUUGUGUCAUGUCCUGGUGGAUGUGGAGAGGCAUACUACUGCAGUGAAUCAUGUGCCAAGGUUGAUUGGGAAUUGUUUCAUUCCUUACUAUGUACUGGGGAGAGGUCAGGAUCUUCUUGCAGGGAGGCACUUGUAAAAUUUAUACAACAUGCCAAUGAAACAAAUGACAUCUUCAUCCCUGCUGCUAAGGCAAUUUCAUUCACAAUUUUAAAAUACAAGAAGUUGAAAGCAGCUAAGCUUGAAGGCAAAGAACAGUGCACUAAUCCAAACACAUUGGAGGAUUCUAGUUUUUCAAUGCUUUUGGAGGCUUGGAGGCCGAUAUCAAUGGGAUACAAGAGGAGGUGGUGGGACUGUAUUGCUUUGCCAGAUGAUGUUGAUUACUCUGAUGAGGCUUCAUUUAGAAUGCAAAUAAGGGAACUAGCAUUCAUGUCAUUGCAGCUCCUAAAGGAAUCAAUCUUCGACAAAGAAUGUGCACCCUUGUUUUCACUUGAAAUCUAUGGGCAUAUUAUUGGAAUGUUCGAGUUAAAUAAUCUUGAUUUAGUUGUAGCAUCACCAGUGGAGGACUAUUUCUUGUAUAUUGAUGAUCUUCCAUAUCCGGAGAAGGAAGAAGCUGAGAAAAUUACAAGGCAGAUUCUAGAUGCACUUGGUGAUGAUUAUUCAGUUUGUUGUCAAGGCACAGCAUUCUUUCCCAUGCAAAGUUGUAUGAACCAUUCCUGCCAUCCUAAUGCCAAAGCAUUCAAAAGAGAGGAGGAUAGAGAUGGCCAAGCCAUUAUAAUUGCACUCCAGUCCAUUUCUAAGGGAGACGAGAUCACUAUUUCGUACAUUGAUGAGGAUCUUCCAUUUGAAGAGAGACAAGCACUACUUGCAGAUUAUGGUUUCAAGUGCAGGUGCCCCAAGUGCACUGGGGAAGGAGACUAAUCACCAGCCUAAAUCAUAUAUUCCUCAACAGGAAGAUUGCUCUAUCAUCAUUUUAUGGAAUGUGCCCAGGCGUAACAAAAGGCUUGAUUUGUGAAGGUCUGUAGCCGUUUCCUUCAUGGCGUAUUUGUUCUCUUUUUAUCAGCAGUUGACCACAAUUCACAUUAGUUGCGACGGGAGAUAGAGAGGGAAAGAGAAAUACGCAGUUCCAACACAUCUCUAGAGUACUUUGUUUUAGCAACUUCAUCCACUAGAAGUCUUAAUAGCAAUUUUGUUAUUAAUUGAUUUUAUUUUCCAUUGAUUCCUGCUCAUAAGUUUGAUGUGAAUGCAAGAGAAUGCGAAAGCAGUCCAA